AUGGGUUGUGUUAAUCGCGAGAGUUGGAAGAAGCUAGAGAGGAAGAAGAGCAAUGUGUUGCUAGAAGGUUACGUGGAGACUCUUGCCACGUUGGAUAAUCAGUACGAUCUGACAAGAUCCAAGAGCUUGACUGAUGACGAUCUUGAAGAUCUCAAGGGUUGUUUAGAUCUUGGCUUUGGGUUCAGCUACGACGAGAUCCCUGAGCUUUGUAACACUCUCCCUGCUUUGGAACUUUGUUAUUCCAUGAGGCAGAGAUUCUCUGACGACAAGAACAACAAUAAGUCACCGGAAAGUUCGUUGGUGGAUCAUUCUCCGUCGCCUCCGAUUGCUAACUGGAAGAUUUCUAGUCCUGGUGAUAAUCCGGAUGAUGUGAAAGCUAGGCUCAAGUACUGGGCACAAGCUGUUGCAUGUACUGUCCAAUUAUGCAGCUGAACUCAGUCUGAACCAGGAGUACUCAGGCACUGUUUAGCUGAGGAGGAGAUCCCAGGAAGGUCUGAAGUUUAACUGAACAUCUAUAGUGGUUCUUGACUAUAAAUACCAUGUUACUAGUAUUCUAGUCUAAUGAUUGUUGUGAACCGAAAUAAAGGUAUCACUAAAUAAAAAAAAAAACAUUCAACUCUUUCUUAUUUCCCUGCCAGUCUCAGCUUU